AUGACCCUUCUGCAGGCAUCACUUAUUGAGGAGCCCCUGUCUCCUGCAUCACCUGUCCCCUAUGACUUGCAUGCAGCAGGUGUUGAAGGAAUGUUUGAGGGCGAAAUAGCUGUUUUCUGUUUUGCAAAGGAGAGGGAAUUCCUGUAUAGUAAUUUUAUGCUGCUGUAUUAUGCAUGUCUUUACAGCAAGUUUAUUUCUGAUCGUGAAAGUAGAAGAAGUCUCACAAACAGCCAUUUGGAGAAAAAGAAAUGCGAUGAAUAUAUUCCAGGAACAACCUCGCUGGGCAUGUCUGUCUUUAACCUAAGCAACGCCAUCAUGGGCAGUGGGAUUUUGGGACUCGCUUUUGCUCUGGCAAACACUGGAAUCCUUCUUUUUCUGAUACUUUUGACUUCGGUGACAUUGCUGUCUAUAUAUUCAAUAAACCUUCUGUUGAUCUGCUCUAAGGAAACAGGCUGCAUGGUUUAUGAAAAGCUGGGAGAACAAGUCUUUGGCACUACAGGGAAGCUGCUAACCUUUGGAGCCACUGCUCUGCAGAAUAUUGGAGCAAUGCUAAGCUACCUCUUCAUAGUAAAAACUGAACUGCCUUCUGCCAUAAAGUUUCUAAUGGGAAAGGAAGAGGCAUUUUCACCCUGGUAUGUGGAUGGUCGAUUUCUGGUGGUGAUAGUUACCUUCGGCAUCAUUCUCCCUCUGUGUCUCUUGAAGAACUUAGGGUAUCUUGGCUAUACUAGUGGAUUUUCCUUGAGCUGUAUGGUUUUCUUCCUAAUCGUGGUUAUCUACAAGAAAUUUCAAAUUCCCUGCCCUUUUCCACAGCUAAAUUCAACAAUAAGUGCUAAUUCAACAAAUACUUGUACACCAAAAUAUGUCACCUUCAACUCAAAGACCGUGUAUGCUUUACCAACCAUUGCAUUUGCCUUUGUCUGCCACCCGUCAGUUCUGCCAAUCUACAGUGAGCUUAAAGAUCGAUCCCAGAAAAAAAUGCAGAUGGUUUCAAAUAUCUCCUUCUUUGCCAUGUUUGUUAUGUACUUUUUGACCGCCAUUUUUGGCUACUUGACAUUCUAUGAAAAUGUGCAGUCAGACCUCCUUCACAAGUACCAGAGUAAAGAUGACAUUCUCAUCCUGACAGUGCGGCUGGCGGUCAUUGUUGCUGUCAUCCUCACAGUGCCGGUGUUAUUUUUCACAGUUCGUUCAUCUUUAUUUGAACUGGCUAAGAAAACAAAGUUUAAUUUAUGUCAUCAUAUCUUGGUUACCAUCAUACUCUUGGUUAUUCUCAACUUGUUGGUGAUAUUCAUCCCCUCCAUGAAGGAUAUUUUUGGAGUCGUAGGAGUUACAUCUGCUAAUAUGCUUAUUUUCAUUCUUCCAUCAUCUCUUUAUUUAAAAAUCACAAACCAGGAUGAAGAUAAAGGCACUCAAAGAAUUUGGGCUGCGCUGUUUUUGGGUCUGGGGGUGCUGUUCUCCUUGAUCAGCAUCCCCUUGGUCAUCUAUGACUGGGCCUGCUCAUCCAGUAGUGACAAACACUGCCACUGAGACCAGCUGAGAAAAGAAAACAUUCUGGUCUGCUGCUCGUCAAGUCACCACACAUCAGCACCCCCCCUCCACUUCUUCUUCAAGCUUACAGAAGCAGACGGAAAUGUGCAAGAUACUUCAAAUGGAAUAACACUUCGGGUGCAAAACAGAAACCUGUAUCUAACAGUUCAUGUCCCUGCAAGAUUUGGGAUUUCUUUAGGGAUUGUGGAUCCCCUCUCCCACCUCCCAGAUUUCAUAGAAUCAUAUUUUCUAGUA